CUACUAAGUUAUCAGUGUCAGAUAUGUCCUCUGAUAAACCAAUCGGACCCGCCUUGCCCCCGAUGUUCAAAAAGGAGAGCGAUGAAGACUCUGAUAAUGAAGAGGGAUUCGCUGGUCCCGCUUUGCCUCCGGGUUAUAAACGGGAAGAACCGUCGAGCUCCUCGGAUGAAAGCGAGCAGGAGGUCGCGGUCAAAAGAGCCAAGACAAUACACACAGCCGGAGACAGUCCUACAGGGGUGGACAAGACAAUGGCACAAGCAGAUGAUGGUGGUUUUUUUGGACCAGCUCUGCCACCAGGGUUUAAGAAACAACAGAGUUCACCAGAAAGGCUACCUGUGCUGGGACCAGCUUUGCCUCCUGGGUUUCAUAGAGUAGCAUCCAAUAAUGAUGAUAAUGAUGGUGGAUAUGGAGAAGGUCUCCCAGGGCCUGCCCUACCCCCAGGCUACCAGGCUGAGCCCUCCAGCAGCGAGGGAGAAGAUGAGGAUCUGAUUGGACCCAUGCCGGCCAGAGGGGCUAUUCAAGACUCUGUUGCUCUGGAUUUUGAGCGCAGGGCACAAAGGAUGAAAGAGAAGCUGACAGGACAUGAUGCUCCCAAGGCACUGACCAGAGAAACUUGGAUGACAGAGCUCCCACCAGAACUGCAACACAUUGGCUUGGGGCCUCGAAAUUUCAAGAAGAGGUCAGGUCCGGAGAACAAUGAUCGCUCCAUUUGGACAGAUACACCAGCAGACAGGGAGCACAAGGCCAGGGAACGCCUGGAGGGAAAGAAGAAGGGUGAAAUAGAAAAGGACAGUGUCCCACAAAUCUCCCCCAAGGAACUAGAAAUGGCAGAGAAGGUGUCUAAGUAUAAUGAGUCUAAACGUGCUGAGUCUCUCAUGAGUUUGCACGCAAAGAAGAUGAAGGAAAAAGCCAAGGAAAAGGCUGAUAAACCCACAGAGAGGAGGCCUUUUGACCGGGAUGAAGAUCUGCAGGUGAAUCGCUUUGAUGAAGCACAGAAGCAGCGGCUGCUGAAGAAAUCUCAGGAACUGAACACAAGGUUCUCGCACAGCAAGGACCAAAUGUUCCUGUAACAAAUUGUCAAAAUGUAAGAAGCCUAUCAAAAAAUGCAGACCCCCAGUUACAGUCUGGCUGGUAAAUGUUUCAUCCAGGGUUUGUAUAAUAUGGACAGGUUCUACAUAUACUCUUCUUACACAAAUGGAGAAAUGCAUUUUAUGUUGCUCUACAAGGUAAACUAAACUGGACUAAACAGACUAUAAGGAAAUGGUAUGGCAGAGACAAGGUAUGUUCUUUUAUGGGAUUUCACUUGCUGGCCGUAAUGCUACAGCAAAUAUUUCAAUCUGAUUGAAGCUGAUGUAAAGCAGUAGUGUUUCGGUAUUAGGGCUGCAGUUAGAGAAGCUGAUAUUUAAAUAAAUAGAACAAAUUUCCUAGCUUCAUACACAGUACAUCGGGUCAUCUUUUGAGAUCUGAAAAAUUGCCUGUUAAAUUAGUUUAGUUGGUAAAUUUGCAUUGGAUCACAAACUAUAAAUGAUUGGGGUGCUUCAGUAAAGCUCCACAUUGUUUGACGCUGCACAAGAUACUUGUGUCAGACUUGAAGCUAUGAUUGUUAGCCAUUUAACCCCAUCAUGCACUGUUUGAUGUGUUUGUGUAAUGAGA